AAUCGUUAAUUGAAAAUUGGAACAUAACAAAAAAGAUAACCUGUGAAAGUGUGAAUAUUAAAUAGGGAAUAAAUAGGACGUUAUGGCCACAAUUCAGAAUAUAUUGAGUAAAACCAAAUGGAUUGGCCGUAGAACACCUAUCUCAUUAGUUCUACAGAAUGGAAUGUCACAAUAUCCCAAAUAUUAUGAGAAACCAGUCUAUAACUCUUCACUUCAAAAUGAAUUAAUCAAAACUGGUGAAAUCCAAAAAUUAGUACAUGUUCCUAUAAGAGCAGCACUUGUCGACCAAACAUGUUCACAGUUACAUGAUGAAAAAGUGAAUUUAAUGGUGAACUAUAUAAUGAGAGAUGGCAAUAAAACGUUAGCACGGACCUUAAUGGAAAAUGCUUUUAAAAAUAUAAAAAAGAUUCAACUCACAAAAUAUAACAAAUGUGAAACUGAAGAAGAUAAAGCAGCCAUCGAGUUGAAUCCAAAGAAAAUUUUUCAUGAGGCUGUAGAAAAUUGCAAACCAAUCAUGUGCCUAACACCUGUCAAAAGAGGAGGUGUUAAAUAUCAGGUUCCUAUUCCAAUAUCUGCAAAAAGAGCACAGUUCCUAUCAAUGAAUUGGCUUAUCAAUGCUGCAAAAGAAAAAGAUGCCAAUACAAGAUUUAGUUACCAAAUGGCUCUAGAAUUGAUAGAUGGUGCUAAUAAUACUGGAAGGGUAGUAAGGAAGAAACAAGAUUUACAUAGGCAAUGUGAAGCAAAUAGAGCAUAUGCUCAUUAUAGAUGGGGUUAAGUGUUAGGAUUUUCUUCAAUAAAAUUCCUCAGUUGAUAUUUUUAUUUUAUUUCUAAUAGAAAUAUCUUAUUGUACUUCUCUUUAUCAAUAAUUACACCAUACUUAGAACUUA